UGAGUUACAAUAGAGAUUUUCGGGACGUGACACCGGUCACAGUUGGUGCUAUGUCACGCGUGUUUGGCUGUGUAAUCCCCCGCUUGCCUGCUAACCACCACCAUACCCCACCGACCACGCCCACAGCAUACACAAUGGCGAGCAAGGCCGCUCAGAAACGUGUAUCGAAGGAAUAUGUUGUCAUGCAGAAGGAACCGCCGCCGUUCAUCUGGGCUGCCCCAGAUGAGAAGAAUAUCCUGACCUGGAACUAUCUUAUCGGCGGACCCCCCGACUCGCCCUUCGCUGGCGGAGAGUACCACGGCGUCCUACUUUUCCCGUCAGAGUACCCGUUCAAGCCACCAGGCAUCAAGGUGUACACACCCUCAGGCCGCUUCCAGCCAGACCGCAAGAUAUGCUUCUCCAUGUCGGACUUUCACCCCGGAUCUGGGAAUCCUGCGUGGAGUGUGGCCACAAUGUUGACCGGCCUGCUCUCGUUCAUGCUUUCUGACGAGAUGACGACUGGCUCUGUCACCUCAUCGGACCAACAUAAACGUGCGUUUGCGGCUCGAAGUCAUGGCUGGAACAUCGCACAGCCAAAAUUCAAAGAUGCUUUUCCCGAGGACUCCUCACCAACCAUGAAGGAUCUUCCUAAUAUGGGCGAGAAAGAACGAGGAAAGCCUGAUCCAGAGCCUGUGAUGUUCCGCAACCCCCCUUCGCAAGUGCGCCUUGUAUCAGCGCUGAAGGUAGCAUACUCUGACCCCCGACCUGUUGCUCCGACUGCGGCCGAUGAUCCAACUCGGAGAGCGGUGUCGGGGCCCGCGGCCCCGGCUCCUGCUCCAACCACUGGAUGGGUGGCAGCGAGUCAUGGUAUCAAGGUUCACCUCAAGAUCCUGACCGCCAUCACCGUCCUUUUUUUGACGUCUUGUUAUGACCGCCUUGUUCACUCGGGUCCCGUGAUGCCUACUCCCCAGACCGAUCCGACUGACUGCAUUAAUGAUCAUGGCUACCACCUCUCCGCCAGCACAGCGCGCCACACAUUCCUUUCUCCCCCUCCUAUCCACUCUCGCUCCUUCUAUCGCCCUCAGUCCUACCCUCAUCGUCUCCUACAUAAUACCACCAUCGCCAACUGCUAAU